AUGGUUUUAUGGUACGAUUUAUAUAUGUAUACACCACUUCAAAAUUAUCUUUCACCAUAUAUCGCUUGUAUUCCACGUAUCAUUCGAAUUGGUGAUAAAAGUAUAACGAUAUUUAAUGCUAAUAUUGUUACAUACUCACGAACACUUCUUAUAAUUCCAAUUGCUUGGUGUCUUAAAUAUGAUUAUCCAAUCCUGGCUUGUUUAUUAGUUCUUUUUCAUGAUUUUCUUGAUCAUGUUGAUGGUAUUGUUGCUAAAGUACAUAAACGUAUUUAUGGUGACAAUAUUGAUGAUCCUUUAUUGGGUGGUUUUAUGGAUGCAUUUUGUGAUAAAAUUGUUAAUAUUGUUUGUCUUUGGACAAUUUUACAAGAAACACAUUUUCAACAAACAUCUUAUUUUCUUUCAAUUGCUUUUGUUUUACUUUGUUAUACAAUUAUUAGUCUUGAAACAGCUAUUGGUGUUGUUCGUAUACAAGAUUAUUUUCAUGCUGCUCUUCUUGGAAAAACAACAUCAUCUAAAAGUGCAACAUCAGCUGUUAUGGAAGGAAAAUUAAAGGAAAAACUUGAAUCAAUGGGUUUAGCAUUUUUAUGUUUAUCAACUGGUUAUCUUUCACCAUUUGAUCACUGGUCUGGUAUAAUCGGUAUUAUUUGUUUUUCAUUGACUAUUCGAUUGGCUUGUGUAUCAUUAACGAAAAAAUUAGAAGCACGAAAAAUGAUCAAAGAAGAAAAGAAAACUGUCACAUUUGAUGCAUCAUCAUCAUCAGAAACAAUAUCACCUGUUCAAAAAACAAUUGCAGUUGUUAAUGCUUUUCAUUCAUCAACUGAUACAAAACAACGUAAUCGUGCAAUGACACUUGAUUCUUCAAUGCGAAAAAAUGAACAAGAAAAACAGAAAAAUAUUCCAUCAAGUCUUACAUCAUCACCUGCAAGUAGUACUUCAAGUAUUACAAAUAACUCUGAAGAUGAAACGAAAGAACGUUGUGGAUCGACAUCUUCAUCUGAAGGUCAAAAUGAAUGUUCACAUACAUAUCAACGUAGUGCAUCAUUACCUGCAAUAUGGAUUGAUGGACGUGCUGAUAAAGUUUAUACUGUUGGUUGUUUUGAUUUAUUUCAUGAAGGUCAUCGACUUCUUCUUCAACGUAUGCGACAAUUUGGCCGUGAAGUUAUUGUUGGUGUACAUGAUAGUCGAAGUAUUCAUAAAUUAAAAAAUCGUGUACCUGUUGAUGGAACAGAAACACGUAUGCUUAAUGUGAAACGUUAUGCUGAUGAAGUCUAUUGCGUCUCUGGUACAGAUCCAUCAAAUUUUGUAAAAUGUAUUGUACAUUUACGUGAAAAUGAAACGGCAAUUUAUGUACGUGGUGAUGAUAUGGGUGAUUUUCCAUCUCGACAUGUUGUUGAAGAAUUAAUGCCAGUUAAAUUUUUACCGUAUACAAAUGGUGUAUCAAGCACGAAAUUACGACAAGAAUUAUUUUCACAUAUUCAAGCUAAUGAUAUGGAACAUUUAGACAGAGUUAACUAA